UGGAAAACAACAAAUAACUUGGAGUUAUCAAAUGGACAAAGACACAUCGUUUCCACUCGCGCAUGGCCCGUGAAACCAAAGGUCAACGAAACUCCCCAUGAGAGAGAGAAAGAAACCUCAGGGGGGAGAUUGAGAGAGAGAGACUUCGUCAACCAGCUGACGUUGGAGUCUCUUGCUCUCGUCUUUGGGUGGUUCUGCGAUUAAGAUCCCUCUCUCUUGCGAUAAGGUUUACUGGGUUUCUUCAGUAUAAGGUGAGUGUUUGUUAGAUCAUGUCACUCGAUAUUGGUCUCUCUUGAUUUUAUUGGAGUAUUCGCAUCUUGGGCUUUUUUUUUUUGGUGUUAAUACAUUGUCUGCCAUGAUAAAAUGAUUAUCUAUCCUGUUUUUUAGGGAGUGAUUGAGGCCUCCUCGGAGUUAUCGUAAACUUUUUAUGGUUGUAGAAAUUACAUGACCAAUGAACUCUGGAAUAAAGGUAUGGGGCAGUUGGGUAGUUGCAGAGUUGAGCUGCUGAUAUGAUUGUGCAAUUGGUUUUGAUUCAUGAACUUGGGCUGUCUUAAAUGUUCAUGGAAGUGGAUUUUUGGUGAAUUAAGAUUGUAGGAGAAGUUUUUCUUGAAACAAUUUGAUGGAAUCAAGUUUAUAGCUCCAAACUUUAAUGGGAAAACUUUUGUCUUUGGUCGUUUGAAGUAUGUUCAGAUCUCAGCAAUGGUUGGAAAUUGUUACAAGGACUGCUUUAUGCUUGGAAAGUGGAUGGAGCUGUUUCUAGGAUUGGAAAUUCUUGUCAGGAUUUGUAUUGAGCUUCAUUCUUAUCAAGCAAAACUGAUCUUGUGGUUCCGGAAUAUCCAUUGCACCAAUUUUUGCUCAAUCUCAAGGGAGGAGAGGAUAUGGGAGAAUGUGUGUUUCUCAUUGUGGCCUUCAACCAAGAGAGAGGAUGUCAGUAAUUUGAUCAAUUCUCUCGGUGGGUUCCGAAAGUUUUACGCUGAUUGCUUUCCUCUCAUUGUCAACAAGGACGUUCCAGUCAUUCAGUGGGAUUCUGAUCUCGAAUUCGAAUUCGAUUGGUCGGAGGCUGACUACUAUGGUGACUAUGAUGAUUACGGCACGGUCUCCCCUUCUGAUUUCGUUUCUAUUGUAGAUGUGAGGUACAAAGAUAAAGCACUUUAUUCAAAGGUUAUAUGGGGUAUCCCUGAUUCUGAUGAUUUCCAUGGUUGGUUCUACAAUUGCCCAUUCAGAAUUGAUCUCAUUGGCUACUCAAAUGAAGAUGAUAACCAUGAAGGUGAGAUCACCCUCUCCGUCGCCGAUGGGCUCCCACCAAUUGCAUCCAUAGAGAGAGAGAGGAAAGAUGGGAAGCUUUGGAAGGAGCUUCGUGAUGGGAUCCGGCUAAGUUGGAUCAUUGUCAAUAAAAAAAUGAAACAGGCUGCUAACCUUGCUAGCUGGACCCCUCUUGGAGGGCAGAGGCACUGGCCUACGGAGAAAGAUUUCCUGAUACGUUUUGGAUCCAUACUUCCAGCCAAAGAUAUCCUUCCUUGUCAAGUUGUAGAGUGCAUCCUUGUAUUGAAGUGUAGGGUUGUGACUACUGGAGAGGGGGAGGGGGAGGGUAGUCAGACAACCCUCAAAAUAACUGAGCUAAGCAUGCAGUUAGAAGAUAUGGAAGGUUCCCAUGUGAAUGGAAGGAACAGCUUGCUGGUCCUAGAAAAGGCACUGAGCUGCUGUAGAAGCAAGAAUUAUAGUGAGGUCCUAGAGUCUUGCCAUAGGUAUUCCAAGGCACAGAGUGAGUUGAAGGAGGAAAAGAUAAGAAAUGAGAGCCGGCUUGAUAGAUUAUGUAUCUUGAGUGGAAUUGCUGCUUUUAUCACCUUUUGGUACUGCAUUUUGUAAAGUCAAAUUGGUCUGUUUAAUGAGAUAAUGUUUUUGUUUGCCAAUCUAGGUUUUGCACAUCUUGUUGAUUGGACCGGUAUCGAAGCAUCUAAAAUGAUGUUCUUGUUCAAUAUGUUUUUAGGAUCCCAUUCAAUGAGCAUUGUCAUAUUGGAUUAAUAUAGGUACUUCUGGUCUUGAGAUUU